CGGCUUUCUUUCCGUAUUUAGUUCUGACCAAAGGCGAAAAACACUUCACUGAUCUGAUAGGCCAGCCGGCAACGCCAAACAAGACCUUCCCGAGAAGGUGGAAGAAAACGAGGAAGGCGUGACCAAAUUGCAAUGCUCGUAGCUGGUCCUGAGUCGUCUCUCUCUCACACCUUCCUUUCCAUUUCCUCUCCAUUCCUAACUUUCCUAAAAAACCAAAUUAUAUGGCGCCGUUCAUAUUCCUAAAGACCUGAUCUGACGUCGUUUCCCAGCCCCGUGGCCAUUCUUCCUUCCCCUCGUGAUUCCGAAUAUACGGCAGCAUCCUUCCCCGAACUUCGCUCCUCUAUUGUAUGUGUGGGGUUUCUCGUUUCUAACAUAUAUGUGUGUGUGUGGGUGUAUAAAUGCAUCAUCAGUGCGAUUUCUCUUGCCAAGUUUCUUGCGCCGCAAGUCGUUGUCACUUUUUGAGAUCUCUUCCCAAUUUCUUUAUCAUUUUCUCAUUAAAUAAACUAUAAACACCCCAACGUGGGCUUUGUUUGGUGCGAGAAAAUCAGAUUCUUGGGCCUCUGCUCUGCCGCCAUUUGUUCUACAAGGUGUUGUUUCUUUCUUGUACUUGAACCUACCUUUCUUCAUCAUUCAUAUAUAACAAACAAGCUGUGCGUGGUUUUUGGCGAUCGGGAUUUGAAGAACUGUGCAAAAGUUCUUGAAGCUUCUUUGAUCUGGCGUUGGGGCGGCUUGGAUCUCUCGUGCAAAUUCAAAUCUAGCAAACGAACUGAAUUUGUUGCCAAGAAGACACCGUAAAGAUAUCGGUUUGUGCCCAAAGAACUGAUAUCUUCUUCAAUGGCAUUGGCAACGUUUGCUAGGAGUGGCUUAAGGCGGGGAAGAGGAAGAGGAGGUGAUGCUGCCAUUGGCAGUUUUGCAAGGGAGACGAAUGCCCUCUGUGAAGGAGCAUCAACACAUAAGUUUCCGUUACCUUCUGUGGAAAAUUUUACCAAUAUGUCAUACAUUGCAAGUAUUAGAAAGGUGGAUCAUAUGAAUCUCUGGAGCAGGGGAAUAAGGACAACCCCACAAAAUCUAUCUGCUCAGGCUGCAGAGAUAAUUGCAGUGGACUCUGAUUCAGAGUAUGAGAGCCCCAGGUAUCCGAGCUUGGAAGCAACCAAACCAGGCGAAAAGCCCAGGGUGGUUGUCCUUGGCACUGGGUGGGCAGCAUGUCGAUUCCUUAAAGGGCUUGACACCAAGAUAUACGAUGUUGUCUGCAUAUCCCCUAGGAACCAUAUGGUUUUCACACCUCUGCUUGCUUCAACUUGCGUUGGAACCCUGGAAUUUCGGUCUGUGGCAGAGCCAGUUAGUAGGAUUCAAACUGCGUUAGCAAAGGAUCCAAAUUCCUACUUUUACCUGGCUUCCUGCAUUGGAGUUGAUCCAGAUAAACAUGAAGUGUACUGUGAGGCAGUUGGACAUGCUGGACUUUCUCAUGAGCCCUACCGGUUUAAAGUAGCAUAUGAUAAACUUGUCGUUGCUGCUGGAUCCGAGCCACUGACCUUUGGAAUUAAGGGAGUGAAGGAACAUGCUUUUUUUCUCCGGGAAGUGAAUCAUGCCCAAGAAAUUAGGAAAAAGCUUCUUUUAAACCUCAUGCUCUCUGAAAACCCAGGCGUAUCAGAAGAAGAAAAGGAGCGCCUGUUGCACUGUGUUGUCAUCGGAGGCGGGCCUACCGGCGUAGAGUUCAGUGGUGAAUUGAGUGAUUUUAUUAUGAGGGAUGUCAAAGAACGCUACGUGCAUGUGAAAAAUUACAUUCGGGUCACUCUUAUUGAGGCAAACGAGAUCUUGUCAUCUUUUGAUGUCGGGCUACGUCAGUAUGCCAUGAAACACUUAACCAAGUAUGGGGUUCGACUUGUACGAGGUGUGGUGAAGGAGGUGCAUUCCAAGAAGCUUGUGCUUAAUGAUGGAAGUGAAGUUCCUUAUGGCCUCCUGGUCUGGUCUACUGGGGUUGGCCCUUCCGAUUUUGUGAAAUCACUAAACCUCCCCAAAUCCCCUGGUGGAAGGGUUGGCAUAGAUGAAUGGCUUCGAGUUCCUUCUGUUGAAGAUGUAUUUGCAAUAGGAGAUUGUGCUGGUUUUCUUGAACAAACAGGGAGGCCAGUUCUUCCAGCUCUAGCCCAGGUUGCAGAAAGACAAGGAAAAUAUUUGGUGGAGUUGUUUGACAAGAUUGGAAAGCAAAAAGGUGGGAGUGCUUUCUCUGCAAAGGAUAUUUCCUGGGGAGACCCGUUUGUGUACAAGCAUCUUGGAAGCAUGGCAACUGUCGGGCGCUACAAGGCGCUCGUUGAUCUACGGCAAUCCAAGGAUGCGAAGGGAGUAUCCCUAGCAGGAUUCAUAAGCUGGCUGAUAUGGCGCUCAGCGUACCUGACGCGGGUUGUUAGCUGGAGGAACAGGUUUUAUGUUGCAGUGAACUGGGCAACCACUCUAGUCUUUGGAAGAGAUAACUCAAGAAUAUGAUCACAUAAAUUUUGUUGUAGCUGCAGCUCUGCUUCUUUCUCGGUACUGAUUAAAUCAUCUGUGAAAUUAUUACUUCAAAGGAGAUGAGCAUAUUCAACCCAGCUUCCAAAGGAUCACGAGAAUCAUUUCUUAAAGAUUCAUAAUGAAAUAUUUUACAUAAUAGUCUUGGCAUGUUGUUAAUUCAAGUUCUAGCAAUGAAAUAUUUUGUAGGGAAUUCAUUGUAAGUUUGCUUCUUUUCAACUAGAAGAUCACGUAUUGGAAU